CUGUUCCCUCUCUCUCUCUGUUCCCUCCCCUCUCAGUUUGCUCUGUUUACUCAGAGCGGCUGUCGUCGAGUGUGCGUGUGUGUGUCAGUAUGCCAUGUCGUCUCUGGGUGCCUCGUUUGUCCAGAUAAAACAUGAGGACCUGCGGUUCUAUGAGAACUGUGGAGGGGGCAGCUUUGGGAGUGUGUACCGAGCACACUGGAUAUCUCAGGAUAAAGAGGUCGCUGUGAAGAAACUACUCAAGCUCGAGACUGAGGCUGAGAUUCUGAGUAUUCUCAGUCAUAAGAACAUCAUUCAGUUCUAUGGAGCCGUACUGGAGUCCCCCAACUACGGCAUCGUCACAGAGUAUGCAGGUGGAGGUUCUCUGUAUGAGUACCUCUCCAGUGAGCAGAGUAAGGAGAUGGACAUGGAACAGAUCAUGACCUGGGCCAUAGAGAUAGCCAAAGGAAUGCACUAUCUUCAUUCGGAAGCACCAGUCAAAGUCAUUCACAGAGACCUCAAGUCACGAAACGUGGUACUGACAGCAGACAAAGUGCUCAAGAUCUGUGAUUUUGGAGCGUCUAAGUUCCAGUCCCACACCACCCACAUGACAGUGGUGGGCACCUUCCCCUGGAUGGCCCCAGAAGUCAUUCAGAGCCUACCUGUAUCAGAGACCUGUGAUACAUACUCCUACGGAGUGGUGCUAUGGGAGAUGCUGACACGGGAGGUUCCCUUUAAAGGCUUUGAGGGGCUGCAGGUGGCUUGGCUGGUUGUGGAGAAACAAGAGAGGCUGACCAUCCCCACCAGUUGUCCGCCUAGCUUUGCUGACCUGAUGAAGAGAUGCUGGCAGGCCGAACCAAAGGAGCGUCCGGUGUUUAAGCAGGUCUUGGGGACUCUGGAGACAAUGUCUAAUGACAGCAGACUACCAGACCAGUGCAACUCAUUCCUACACAACAAGGACCAGUGGAGGUGUGAGAUAGAUGCUACAUUGGAGAGGUUGCGGAGGCUGGAGAGAGACCUGGGCACUAAAGAGAAGGAGCUGGAGGAGAGAGAGAGAAGACUGAAACUAUGGGAGGAGAGACUGAUGGAGAAAUCCAAUGUGACCCCUUUCUUCUCCCCCAUAGCAUCAGGCAUCAGCUCGGAGUCGUUCUUCCAUUCUCAGUCUCAGGAGUCCAACAGCGCCAAGAUAUCCUGCCUCAUCAGAACCCUCAGCAAUGAAGAGAAGGAGAGGGGGAUGGAGGGAGCGAUGGACAGGAGGAUAGGGGGGUUCCAGUCAAUGAGUGAGUUAGGGGUCAGAGGUCAGGGGGUGAGGUCGGGGGUACAGGUGAGCAUGCGGACAACGUCCAAUCAGAACUCUUCUAAGACUUGCAGCAUGCUACAGGGAACCAAAAUCAAUAUGGCCGCCACCGCUGCGGUGUUGGACAUGAACAUGAUGGAGCUGGGCUGGUCUGACGACGACAGUGACUAGGAGAACACACACACACACACACACACCAGGAUACUGGGAAGGUACAUGCACACAAUUUUGGUUUUGUCACAUCAUUAUUUUCUUUUUUAAUUUAAUCAAAAUGUAUACACCCCCUGUUGUGAGGACUGUAGGGGAUAGUAGUGAUGAAUUGUGAGCAGUGUGGAUUUCCUCCUGCUAACUGUCCUGUUGUUCUGGUGUAUUGAAGCCUUUAAAGUGACAUGUAACUGAUGUGCCAUAUUAACAAAUGUUACAUAGACCAAAGAGCACUUUGUGGAGGCUAAGUACAGGGUACCAUCCAAUGUUCUAUGCUUUUAGACCAUUGAUACAGUUCAUUUGUUCAAAAACUAAACUUUGAAGUAAUGGAUUCUUACUGUAAUCAAAUGUCUGAAACUAUUUUGCAGCUCCCUUCUCUGUAUAUUGUAUUGUUUUUCAAUAAAUUCAGAAAAAUA